AUGCCCGACCCUUGUCUUCCCUCCUCGCUCGCCCUUUCCCUUGUGCAUCUCCCCAUUCAUCCCCGCAACAUGCUCCAUUCUUCCCCCUCGCACUGCAAUCAGCUCGUCCCUCCCACCCAUGCCUCCUGCUCCCCGCCCCAAAGUCCCUUCUUCUCUCUCCUCUUCUUCCCUCCCUUUCCCCCCCUCCCCCCAUCCGCACCCCCCCCUUUCCGCCAUUCCCGUCCCCUAUUCCUGACAGCCCCAUUGAUGCCUGCUGCGCCCUGUUUCCCUGCCUCCUUCUCUCCCAUCUUCCCUCCCUUCCCACUGCGCCCCACCUCCCCCCGCACGGAUGCGGUGCUGCAGUCAUUCACGGGGUCGGGCAAGACGCUGGCCUAUCUGCUGCCCAUCCUCGCCUCUGUGGGCCCGCUCAGCCGCCCCAGCGCGCAUGCAGACACCACUGGACUGGGAGGUGGCGACGCAGGGGAGGGAGCGGGGGACAGCAAGGGCAAGAGGGGCAAGAAGGGGCGCGCAGGGGGGGGCGGAGGCGGAGGGGGAGGGGGAGGGGGAGUGGAGGCGGUGGUGGUGGCGCCGUCUCGGGAGCUGGCGAUGCAGAUCGUGAGAGAGGCGGAACGCGUGCUGGGGGAGGAGCACAAGCGCUGUGUGCAGCAGCUGAUCGGCGGCGCGAACCCCCACCGGCAGGAGGAGGCGUUGAAGAAGUACCGGCCGGCCAUCGUGGUGGGCACGCCGGGGCGCAUCGCAGAGAGCAGCCGUGCGGGGCGCCUGGCGACCCACUCGUGCCGCUGGCUCGUGCUGGACGAGGCUGACAUGCUGCUCUCGCACCGCUUCCGGCUCGACAUGCUGCGUAUUCUCGACCAUGUGGGAAGGCGAAAAUCCCUUCACCAGCCUGCACCUACCACCAGUAGUACAAGCGCAUCAGCAGCAGGCAGCAGGGCGGAGAGGCAGCUGGUGAUGGUGUCGGCCACGGUGCCACGGCCUGUGCUGGAGGCCGCCUGCAAGUGGGGCUCGCACCCGCUGCUCGUCCAGCAGCACGCCAUGCAGCCCAUCGACGCCCGCUCUGCUGCUGCUACUGCUGCUGCUGCUGUUGCUGCCAGCGUGGCAGGCAGCACCUCAUCUGCCAGAGACUUGCUUCCUGUUCCUGCUGCUGCAGCAUCAGACGUGCACGGGGCGCUUGUGAUUCCGCCUCCAGUGCAGGCAGGAGGGUUGGCGGGAGGGGUGCUGGCGUCAGUGGGGAGAGGCAGUGAGGAGGCGCCACUGGUGGCGCUGAGGGACAGCCUGCCGCCCAACCUCGAGCACUGCUACAUAGUGGUAAACAGGCGCCAUCACGUGGACAUCGUGCGGCGCUGUGUGCACGCAUUGGAAGCGCGGUCAGCCAUGGUGUUCAUGAACUUUGGGCGCCGCCUGGUGGACGUGCAGCACAAGCUGGAGGCCAGAGGGCUGUCAGCUGCUGCGCUGCAUGGCACCAUCUCCAAGCUCGCCCGCACCAACAUCAUGUCCUCCUUCAG